UAGCAUUUGUAACUAACCUUAUAAAGUCCAUUGCAAUUAAUAAAGUCAACAAAUUUUGACCUAUAAAAAAGAAAACUCUAGAGAGAGAAAGUAUGAGAGAUAAGCUCUCAAGUCACAAAGGUCCCCCUAAUUUCUUCAUCCUUCCUUCUUCACAAACAAUUCUUCUUUGCCUAAUUUCAUUUCCUCAAAUUAAUUUGCCUAAUUUUUUGUCCUUUCCCCUUAAUCAACUAGCAACUCUUCAAUUCCUACAGAAAGAAGUUCUCAAAUCUCACAGAUGGCACCUUGAAUCGCAAUCUCACCGACACAACUUCGCUGAUUUCCAGGAUAAAGCACGCUGUCCUUGGAAAAUUCAAUUGCUAAUGAAUGACGUUAAGAAGUUGUUGGCUCACUUCGAGGUUGUUGCUUCUUGCCAUGUGUAUCGAGAAGCUAAUCGUGCAGCAGAUUAUGUUGCAACUAUAGGUCAUCAAAUUUCAGGCUAUGUAAACAUUGACCCUAAUGUAGAUGCUAAUUUUUCUUAUUUUAUUUCUUUAGAUAAGUUAGGGUAUAGUCUUGAGAGAAGACUUACCUAACUUUUGUAUUUUUCUUAUCAAAAAAAAAUAAAUAAAUAAAAACAAAUUUUGACCUACUAUUUGUAACUAGCCUUUUUAUGUCCGUUAAUAAUGGUUGGUCUGUCUA